AUGAAUGCGUUCCCAGGAUGGUACCGCGGUGAUUCUGUGUAUACUCUGUUCCCAUUAACUAUCCCCAGUGAAAACCUGAAGAUCGCGGAGGACCUGGGUAGGAAGAGUGACUAUACCUACGAUCCGCCCAGCUUUGCGCCUCAACCAAUACCCGUGACGACUUGGCAAGGCGUAGUUAAUAUCCUCAAUGAUCAGGUGAAAUAUAAGGUCCCUUGGGGACCCCACGUUUACGAACUAAUCCAUCACGAUUGGAUGCUCAGCAGAGACGAACCAUGGAAUGCGGAGCAGAAGGGCUAUUGCCAGCAUGCCCUUUACGGACCAUCCAAAGGGCUCGACCAGAUUCGUGACUAUUACAGAAUUGUGACAGAAAAGCUUAUCCGGGAAAAGAGCAACAAGUUACGCGAUGUCUACCAGCUCGAUGCUGUCCGUGAUGUUGGAAAUCUGUCGCACUCUAUCGUUGUCGCACGGAUUUUCAAUAUCCCAAUUAAAGAAAAUGGCGGUGCGGGCACCGUGACGGCCAGGCAACUUUAUGACGCGAUGGCGGCGGUCUUUGCAUAUACCUUCCUUGAUAUUGAUCCGACAAAAACUCAACAACUCAGGGUUGUUGCCAAAACAGCAACCACAAUUUUACAAAAGCUCAUCACGCCAGCAGUUCAGGCUGUGAAAGCCGAACGGUUCCACACGUUGAAAGACAUAAUCGGUAUCAACGCGGAUGAAUCGACGCUGCCCGACUAUGGCACGCACUUGGUCCAACGGUUGUUCGAGGGCGGCAAGAGCCUCGACGAGGUGAUCUGGACGAUUGUUCCAACGGCGUCUGCCGCAAGCCCAAUUCAAGGCCAAGCGUUCGCGCGCCUCCUGGACUUUUAUCUGUCUGAGAACAAAGACCAUUGGGCAGAGAUUCAAAAGAUUGCCCACGAGGAUACCCCAGAGGCGUUCGAGAAGCUGCGUAAGUACGCACUAGAAGGCUUGCGCCUAGCCACACCCGCAUUCAGGGUCCUUCGAGCCGUGAACAUCGAGAACGGCACUGUCGUCGAUGGGGAGAGGCAAAUUCCAGUGAAAAGAGGCGAUACUAUUUUUGCCGACUUGGUCAAGGCCAAUGUAGACGCAAAAGCCUUCCCAGACCCGCUGGAGAUUAAACUUGACCGCCCCGAUAGCUCCUACAUUCACCAAGGAUAUGGUGAACACAUGUGUCUCGGUCGACCUAUCGUCAUGGUUUCUAUGGCGGUGCAAUUGGGUGCCUUUGCCAGACUGAAGAACCUACGUCGCGCUCCGGGGCCCGCUGGACAACUGAAGGCUACAACUGUCGAUGGGUCUUUCCAGGUAUAUAUGAAUGAGGACUGGUCGGAGUGGACGCCCUUCCCCGCCAAUAUGAAGGUUCAGUUCGACGGAUUUUAA